UCUAAAUCGACAUGUCUGCAAAAGAGAUGUGCUCCGUCUGUUUCACAUAGGGUUUGGGCAUCUAGGUAAGGAUGAAAUUCACAGGGGACGACAACAUCAGCGUGUAUUGACCACGUAACAUCUGUCGUUUUGGGGACGACAACAACGGUGGGUAUGAGACUUGGCGCUUAGGACUUCUGGGGACGACAACCGUGAAUGAAUUUAUGGAGACUUGCUGGUUCAUUUGUUCGUUGUUCGUCUAAGACUUCCGUCGUUUGGGCAAAACUGAAAAUACACCAUCGGGGAAGAAAAAAGGCCUCAGAUGCACUCCCGAUAUCCACGGAAUCAUCAGUGACAGUCUCAAAGAGAAAAAAGAGAGUGAAAAAAGUGUCUGCCAAUCCUAGGAAGAAGAAAAUAAGUCCAACUGAAGCCCCAACAACCCAACUGAUGGACCAUGCGCUAUUUGUUAGGUCCCUGUUUUCUAUUCUAAAAUGUAUGAGUAUGGAAGACAGAUCUGGGAAUGAAGCUUUCCAUUGAUGGUGAAGGUUUUACAGAAUGAUGUGAAAACUUAGCGUAAAAACCUCACACGCAAAUAGGCAUUGCGGCACAGAGAAUGUAUUGAAAAACUUAACCUAGCCAUUCCUAAGGGGUCUAUUUAUAGCCUCCUUAGAAUGGUAGGUUACAAUGAUAUGGGCUCUCCUUUUUAGGAGGCCCAUUCCUAAUUUAGCUUAGUAGCCUUUUCCAUUUAAGACCUAUUCUAUGAUAAAUAAAUUAUUACAAAAGGCUAAGUAACAUUGAUCACAAUAUAAUGAAAAUAUCUCUAACAAUCUCCCCCUUUGUGAUCAGAUGUUCUUGCUUCUUUUAUUCUUCACUUCCGAGCUUUAUAAUAAUGCUUUCUGAGAUUGAGUGCAUGCUCGUAGCUUCUGAGUGACCUUCUAUCAUUGAUUUGCUUUUUGAUGGCCUUCAGAAUUUUAUCAACUCUUUCCAGUUCCUUGAGUUCUUCCUUUGAGGCUUCAGUCUGUCUUUUAUCCAGUUCUUCUUUUCUUGGUUGCAAUUGUUCCCGGAUGAUCUUCAGAGUCCCGUCACAGUAUUUGCGAAUGUCUUCAACAACCAUCAAGCGCUUCUCCUCUUUGUGAUUCAGAUAGAUGACUGAGACCGGAUCGUCAAAGGUGUGGUAUGCUGAGUAGGGUUCAAGUUCCGGUCUGUUCCAUUCUGGUUGCGUGAGAUUUGCCUUUGAAUAGUUGUUUUCUAGGGCCAUUUGAAGAUCAUGGGAAGCAUAAUAUCGAACUUGUCUGGUCAUAAAUCUUUUUAUAGCCUCAAAGCCUUCUUUAGCAAUUCUGUCUUUGUGGACUGGGAGUUGUCUGCAUGCCAUGAACAUCUGAUAGAUGUCAUCCAUGUGUAGUAAGAAGAAGUCGUUCUCUUGGCAGGUGAACUCGGUCCCGUCAAUGCGUUGUACCUGGAAAGUAUAGAACCUGAUAGUCUCGAGAUAGUCUUUUGUUACCUUUAGAAUCUUUAACACAGGAGCUAUGCUUGUUUCAAGAGUAUGAUUCAGAAUUCUGCAUUGUUCGCCUGUUGAUCUUUGGUAAAGCAUAAAGAUGUGUCCUCCUCUGUACUUUCCUUUAAAGUGGUUGAGUCCACAGUUCACUGAAUUUUAUGAGUUUCUCUGGUUGACGCCAUAUCCGCUCUCGAAUUUCCUCUAGAAAGGGGGCUUUGACUCUAAGAAUUUCCAAGGGCUUUUUAAUUUCCUUUUGCUUGGUGAUUGGUUCCGGCUCCUUGGAAUUUUCCUGAUAGUUCUCCCCUUGAUUUCAUCUUCAUCGAGCCCAAUCAUUUCAGCAGCACACUUGGCAAUCAGUUCUCUGAGACGCACACUUCGUUGUAUUUCAUCUUGGUCUACUUCUGCUCUUAGUUCAUCCCACUCUGUCCAUUGGCGGGGCCACUUGUCAUAAACAAGAAUUUCUUCAAGUUCAUCGAGCGUUUGAUCAUCGGAGGGGCUAGAGGGAGUUUGUUGCUGCUGUGGCGAUCUAUCAAAAGUAACCCCGGGAUCACUAGGAUUGCCCGUUAUCAUCAGAUUAGAACUAGGUUCUUUCUGAUGGCCUGAAUAAAAUGGUGUACUCGAAGUAGCAACCUCAGGACUUCCACUCCAUCCUUGGACAGCACUUGUAAAGGAUGCGCCUAGGAGUGUUGUGCCUAGCUCGACCGGGCUAGAAAUGGGUGGAUUGGCUGUUUGGCUUUUGUGUUGAGUGGAUGGUGGGGGCUGAUUGUUCGAGGAUUUGGGUUGGUGAGUUUGCGUAGAUGGUUCUCUUGUUGACGCAUCACGCUCAAGUAUCUGUUGCCUCUUGUUCUCCCCCUCAUGAGGAUCCGAAUCAUCGGGGUCCUCAUGCGAACGUUUGUGACCACGAAGACUAUCACGGCAUGUGCUGUCAGGCUUAAGGAUCCGAAGAAAUUCUUUUUGUUUCUGGGUUAGGUUGCCUUCUUCGGUAGCUAGUAGUUGAUCUAGCAUAAGGUUCUCGAGUACCUCGAACGAAAGAGUUUUCGGGUCGGGGAAGGGUGUGGUCGAAGUAGGGGGGGACACUAGCUCUGUGUCCUGGGUUCCCCUUGAAACGGUAGGAGUGGUUGGUUGGGUUGUGGAUGGUUCAGAGUUUUGGCGGAUGGAGAAAUGGGUAAGUGGAUGUGUUUGAUGGGUAUGUGAUGAUGAUGGUUGGGGUUGGAUGAUGUCAUUAAGCAGCGCCGGGGUGUUCCUGAAUUCCUGUGCCCGGGCGGUUAUUGCUUCGUGCACCCAUGGCUUAAUGGUGGAAUCCAUGAAACGCUGCAAAAUGACUGAAAGGUCGGUAGGGUCAGGGUUUCCGGUUACAGGGGUAGUAACCGUUGUCACAACAUCAAUAAAGAUUACCGGUGUGUGGCCUGCAGAUAAUGAUGGAGGAAUCUGUUGUGCAGCAGGACUUCCGAUCAUCAUCGACGUAUCUCCGAUCGUUGAGGACAGGUAAAGUGCACCUGUUGUGUGCGGUGGUGUAAGAAGUGUAUGUGUCCUAGAAAAAGUGGAAAAUGUUGGGAGGGUGGAACCUAGACUCAAUGUGGUUGAAGGAGGGGUAGUGGUCUGGGGCAGAAAACCACAAAGGAUGUCCCCAACUGCGUCGUAAGGAGGCAGUGAGGUGGGUAUAAUGUCCCCUAUUUGUGAAACUACUACCUGUUGGGAGGCAGCAGAGUGGUCGGGUGAGGCUUGUGCAUGCGCAGUUGGGCAAGAUGUUGCGUCUUCUACCCGGAAACUAAAAAUAUCAGUCUCUGCUCCUAAGGGGUUAACCCGGUUUAUAGUAUCUAGGUCGGAGCAACUGUCAUAUAGUGCUAUUUCAUCAGCUAAGUUGCUUGCUGUUUGCACUCUUUGCAUAGAAAUUGAUGAUGAGGAAGGGUUGUCAUGACGUACCUUGGAGCGAGUCUCACUGAUUAUAUUUCCUUGAGUAUCGUUGAUUUGGUGAGACUGCUCUUGUGUUGUAGCCCGAGAAAGCCUGAUUAUGAGUCGUCCUUUCUUCGCAGGGGCUUUCUCGACUUUCUUGCCCUUUGCAUUGGCGUUGUCGUCAUCCUCAUCAUCAUCAUCGUCGUCGUUUUCUCCAGCCAUGCUCCCGGAGCCCUCAUCGUCAGCGUGUUGUGAUCUGGCUGCGCUUGACGAAUCAUUGGCGUUCUCCUCAGCACCUUGGGGGUGGCCCUCAGCAGACAUAGUCUGAUCAUCAUGGGGCUGACUUGCCA